CUCAAUACAGGUAACUAAGGUAAUUAACUAGUUACAAGUAUCGUUCAUAUCUUACGUAGUAGUGUACGGAUUACACCCACAUACACUACAAGUACGCCCCUGUCUCACUGAAAGCCGAAUCUUUCAAAAGGCAAGCCAAACUUGGUCGACAACGAAGCCGGUUCUUUGCGCCCAUCCUUCUUGCGCUCUCCUUUGCGCUCCCUGGUUCUCUGAUAAGUCGCCAAAAGAAAAAAAGAAAAAAAAUUACAACAUACGCUCUUUUUACCACAAGACACGGCACUGUACAUAGACAAUGUCGGAGAAUUACGUCGCGCCAGCGCAACAGCGUUACCUGCGCGCCUGCAUGGUCUGCUCGAUAGUCAUGACCUACGCUCGCUUUCGCGACGAAGGCUGCCCGAACUGCGAGGAGUUCCUCCACCUGCAAGGGUCGCCGGACCAGAUCGAGAGCUGCACGUCGCAGGUGUUUGAGGGGCUCAUCUCGCUGGCCGACCCGGGCAAGUCGUGGGUGGCAAAGUGGCAGCGGCUAGACAAGUACGUGCGCGGCGUGUACGCGACCAAGGUGUCGGGCCAGCUGCCCGAUGACGUGCGGACCACCCUCGAGGAAGAGUACCGCAUCACGUAUAUUCCGUAGGUUAACCCCUUCCUUCCUCCCCUUCUCCCCCGCUUCCUCUCUCUUUCCAUUGCGCGUUUCGUCUCGUCUUUCUUUCGAGAGGGGCAAAAAGGUCGGGCAGCGUUUCGCUGACAAUUC